AUGGAUAUUCAGGCUUACAGCGGGAGGGACAACUCCGUUUCGCAACGCCUGGCUCGAUCUGGCUCGCUGGACAGGGAACUCGAAGGUGUAGGCUCCGGUUCUGGAUUGCUGAACAACCACGCGCCACCGUAUGAUGCUGCAUCGCCGACUGUGUAUGAUCCGGCAGUCGCCGUAACCGGGGACGACCAGAAUGGCGGGAACAUCGCUCGCAGUCUGUCAUACCCAGAGCUCGCCAUCCCAGGGGCCACCCAUGCGCGCCUGCACCUCCCCCAAGCUGCAUCAGACUCCGGCGCGGGCCCCAGCAGCCGCGCACAUGACUCCCCCCCUCCAAUGGCCAUCCUGCCGGCGGAUGAUGGCCUCGAGGCACUUGUGGCGCACUACCUGCCUGCAGCACUGGAAUCCCACCUUCCGCAGCAGCUGUCAGGCAGCCCUCCCUCUGAUGAGACCGCACGUGAUGCUGUGGCAACGGGUGACUCUGAUCCCAUGGAUGUGGAUGAAGUCCCGGCAGCGCCUGAGAUGCCUGCGAAGCUGCGGCAGCUGGACCCAGCUUUCUUCAGGCUUGGGCCGGACAAGAUUUGCGGCAAGCCUCUGAAGGAGGAGGACGCUGAAGCAUCCAAGGGCACGCCCCUCAAGAAGAAGGCCCGGAGAUCCGAGGACCAGCAUGCCACAGCCGCGGAUCAGCCUGACAUCAAGGACUUUGCAGGAAAGCCUGCAGAACAACUGUCUGGAGAGGAGAAGCCGAAAAGGUACACGGGAACCAACUACCACACCCGGAACAAGAGGUGGCGGGCACUCCUCUCCUUUUCGAGGGGCAGCGCAACGGUGGCGCGUCCGCAUCACAUAGGCUACUUUGGCAGUGAGCUGGAGGCGGCAGUGGCCUAUGACCAGGUAGUUAUCAUCACUCAAAGCCUGCAGCGAAAGACCAACUUCGACCGCAGCUUCUAUGUGAGCAAGGAGGAGCUGAGGGAAUGGUGGGGGGACAUGACAGACGUGUUAGGACCGCCAGACGAAUGGGCAGCCAAGAAGGCCGCCCCAGGCACCAAGAGGACAUGCAACAGUGCCUGA